GCGCUCGAUGUCACGACGCCGUGCGCGCCGCGUGCGCGGAUCGGCUCGUUCGCUCUCAACCCCACGUCACCUACCACGGAGAACCACCACCACCACCAGCAGCACCACCACCAGCAGCACCACCACCACCACCAGCAGCACCACCACCACCACCAGCAGCAGCACCACCAGCAGCACCACCACCACCAGCAGCAGCAGCACCAGCAGCAGCGGCAGUGGCGGCUGCUGGCAGGAACGGACCACUUCGACACAACGGCGUCUGGUGAUUGUUGUGAGAAAAUGACACCGCCGACACGGCUGCAAAGAAGCUGACGAUCCUGAGCCGCCGGAGGUGGCAGGGGGCGGCGGGGAGGGCGGUACGGCCGUGCAGAGACAGCAUGCCGAUGAAACUCGCUCCCUUCAAGCCGACGCUAUGCUGCCUCCUGGCGCUGCUCGUCCAUGCCAAGGGGGCCGCGUUGUCCCCCGUCGCCAAGGACUUCUGCGUCGUGGGCGCCGGGCCAUCCGGCCUGCAGAUGGGCUACUACCUCGAGCAGUCCCGGCGAGAUUACGUCAUCCUGGAGAGAAGUGGUGCCCCGGGUCCCUUCUUCGCCCUGUAUCCGCGGCACCGCAAGCUCAUCAGCAUCAACAAGCGGCACACGGGCAAGCGCAACAAAGAGUUCAACCUUCGCCACGACUGGAACUCCCUGCUGAGCCACGACGAGACGAUGCUCUUCCGCCACUAUUCCCGAGACUUUUUCCCGCACGCCGACGACAUGGUGCGAUACCUGAGCGAUUACGCCAAGCGGUUCCGCCUGAAUGUGCGCUACAACACGAACGUGACCGAGAUCAGGGCCACGGCAGACAGCAGCGCCUGGAACGGACACCGCUUUGUCCUCGGGGACCAGAGUGGCAACGAGUGGCGGUGCCAGGUUCUGUUGGUGGCCACGGGCAUGUGGCUGCCCAGAGUUCCCCAGUUCAUCGGCUCGGAGCUGGUGGAGGGCUACGAAGACGUGUCGGUGAACCCGAGUGACUUCGAGGGUCAGAGCGUGCUGAUCCUGGGCCGGGGGAACUCCGCGUUCGAGACGGCCGACAACAUCAUGGGCUCCACCAACCUCGUGCACAUGCUGGGCCGAUCCCACCUUCGCCUCUCCUGGGCCACGCACUACGUCGGAGACCUCAGAGCCAUCAACAAUGGCCUGCUGGACACGUACCAACUCAAGUCCCUCGACGGUUUGCUGGAGGCGCCCAUGGAGGCCAUGGCGGUGGUGCGCAAUCGGCAGGGGAAGCUGCGCGUUCUGUUGCACGACGCGGACGGGAGGAAGUCGCUGACGAAUGGCGGCCACUCGAAAAUUAUCGACCCCAGCAAGAACAAGGACAACUUCUCCCUCCGCGAGCCGUACGACCGCAUCGUCCGCUGCCUGGGCUUUGAAUUUGACUUCUCGAUUUUUCACAGCUCGACAAAGACCAAAGCUGGAUCAGGUCAGAAGAAAAAAUACCCAAAGAUAAAGGCAGACUACGAAUCGCCCACCACGAGAGGGAUGUUUUUCAUUGGCACGAUCAGCCACUCGGUAGACCACAGAAAGUCAGCCGGCGGCUUUAUCCACGGCUUCCGCUACACAGCCAGGGCCGUGUUCCGCUCAAUGGAGUGGCGGUACCACGGGGUGCCCUGGCCGUCGCAGACUCUGCCGUCCUCGCUGCUCCUCGCCACGGUCGCGCGGCGGAUUAACGAGGCCUCGGGGCCCUACCAGAUGUUCAGCGUGCUGGGGGACCUCGCCCUGCUCAAACGUGACGGCGCCGAGUUCGAGUAUCUGGAGGAGUACCCCAUCGCGGCCCUGCCGGCGCUGACCGCGAACACGGGCAAGUCGGCAGAGGGCGGCCUGCUGGUCGUCAACAUGGAGUACGGCAAGAACUUCUCGGGACCCGGGGAGGACGUGUUCCGCACGAACCGCGCCGUCGGGGCGCCCCUCGACGCCUGGCGCUCCAACUUCCUCCACCCCGUCGUCUACUAUUACGAGCGGCUGCCCACCGAGUCGGAAAUGAGGAGGAGGCCCAAGAAGUGGCCGCUCCCUCGGCCGGACGCCAUCCACCACAUGGUCGAGGACUUCCUCACCGACUGGAGCGCUCCCAACACUCAUCUGCUGCCACUGCGCCGAUUCCUGGAGGCCUGCCUGCACAGAGACCUGCGCAGCUACUUUGCGGAGUCGUGCUUCAAGAUGGCCUUGACGAGUCAGCAGUCGCCGCUCUCCUGCCAGCAGGGCUACUCGGAGGGGCGCUCGCUGACCACCGACGGCCUCGUGUAGCACUGCCGCCGCUCCACAGACAUCUGGCAGUUUGUUUGUACCCACAGCUGGGGGGCCAUGCCAUUGCGAGCACUUGGAACGGCUGAAUUUUUUUGGCAGGAGCGCUACAUCACGGCCGCUUGCAGGACGGGGUUCAUCGGAGCCAAAACAAAAAGAAACGUGGCGCAACGUUGCAUUGGGUGACAUCGCCGUCGGCGGCGCAAAGACAUUUUAAAAUAGUUACACGAUGGAAAUAAUUGGUGAAUGUGAUUUUUUUUUUUUUUUUACGAUUUCCCUUCUAAAUCUGAAACGUUAAAACUCGCCAAACUCAUUCUUCGUCUACAACCGUUAUUUCCAAGCGGUACAAUCUGUGCGCGGGUGUCCCUUGCAUCACGGACGCAGUGGGAUUCUCCUUCUCUCGACACGUAUAUAUAUUUUUUUAUCUGCCGAUGAUCAAAUAAUCUUGAAGCCUUUUCGGGUUUGACCCUGCUUACCACUCGAAUGGGGUAACCGCCGGUACAGUACGGGACGCACGCCAGGCAUUGCGGAAGGCAAUCACCGAGGCAGCGGGCUGCACGGUGGCCGGUGAGAUGGCAGUACAGCGAUGGGGGCUCGGCACGCAUAGGGGCCGAAUGCAUUUCGUCUGCGAGUGGAUUUUGUAAAAAAAAGAAAAAUGUCCAACUCUGAAUCUCGGCACUCGUAUGCGUGGUUGGUUUUCCUCCGGGUACUGCUCCGGCGUCGUCCCACGUCGUCGCUUUAAGAUGUUCUGUGUUCAUAUUUUGUUUGUUGCAGGUUGCACCCGACUUAAGAGCCGCAUGGCUCACAGGGCUAUACCUAAUAAAUGAACUUGAACGUGAAGGCCAAUCACUCAUGAGUGGAAUUGGCCCAAACGUACCAAUGCAGGACCCUCCUGAAAAAGGGUCUUGAGGCUUUUCCGGGUAAAUUAUUGUGAUUUUUAUUGUUGUAACGAAUCGAAGGCCUAUAUUUACUGUGUGUCGACUGAUUUUCUGGAGUCUCUGUUAGCUCAUUUUUGAUACUCAUUUAUUUAUAUAAUUAUAUAAACGUUACUAUAUAUUAAAGUCUUGUUUGUAUAUACGUUACCUAUCUGUGUAUAAAUCUGCUUUCAUCUAUACGUUGUUGUUUUUUAUUGCGUAUUCUCUAACAACCCGAUCAUGGGUAUGCCAAGCUGAGAGAUGCAAUUGUAUUCCGAUGCCGUCUGAAAAUCAAAUUGUGUGCACGCGAUAAUAAACUUUGCCUGCGUGCCUGAGAUGUAUUAUUUCUGCCUUCAAACUUCUCGCCACAUCAACGGUGAACUAAGUACAUUACCCUGUACUGUCGCGCAAUAAUAAUGUGACUGAAUC